UUAGAUAACCUAUUUAAGUGUUUUAGUUUAUUAAAAUUAGUUGUUUUAUUAGUUUAGUAUGUAUUUUUUGUAACAAUCACGACAAAGUCAUUAAUUAAUCGUAAGUUUUAAUUUGUUGAAUUAAGAAUAGUUAGGAUUUUAUUGGUAUAAGACUCAUCUUUCCUCAUGGAUCUCAAUGAUGAAGACGGAAUCUGGGACAGUGUGUUGUUAGAACCAUUGACAGAAGAGACAUUUAUCUCAAAUUUGAACUGUAGAUAUGAUUCAAAUAUUAUAUAUACUUACAUGGGAAAUAUGCUUAUUUCUCUAAAUCCAUAUAAAGAAGUAAACCAAAAUUCUUUACCACUAUGUCGAAUGUAUAUGUCACCAAGAUCAGGCCAUCUACCACCACAUUUAUAUGCUAUGGCUGGAUGGGCUUUUCGCUGGUUAGUAGAUGCUGCUCAGGAUCAAUGUGUUGUUCUACAAGGUAUUUCUGGCUCAGGUAAAAGCCAUUCAAUUUCGGUGUUGCUACAUUGUUUAUGUGGGACCAACAAUAACAAUAAUUUGCUCAAUCAACGUUUGUUGAAUGCCAAUGUCAUUUUAAAUUCAUUUGGAAAUGCCAAAACACAUAUUCAUGGUGAUGCUUCUCGUUUUAUAAAACAUGUUGAUCUAGAAUUAAAUUUUAAAGGGGAUAUUUUGGGUGCUACAAUUACAGGAUAUUUAUUGGAUAAAUCAAGGGUAACAAUGCAAAGUAUGUUGAAUAGGAAUUUCCAUAUAUUUUAUCAUCUAAUUUAUGGUGCUGAUAUACAUUUAUUGAAAUCAUUGAAACUCACCAGAAAUUCAGAAAAUUAUGUUUAUUUGAGGUGUAGCAAUCGUAUUAAACAAAUCGAUAUUGUUAAUUUUCAAUCAGAAUAUCAAUCAAUAAAGUAUGGAUUUGAAAUGUUGGGACUUGAUGAAUCUGAAAUAACCAAUAUUUUUAAAAUAAUUAGCAGUAUAUUAAAACUGGGUAAUUUGAAUAUGGUACCAACCAAUAAUAUUGAUGGAACUGAAGGGUGCAUUAUUACAAAUGAUUAUGAGUUGUAUGAAUUAGGUGAAUUGUUAGGUACUGAUGGAGAGAGUUUAAAAAAAGUCUUAACAUCAUCAGCAUUAUCAUCUGGAAUUUCAGCAAAGGAAGCUCGACAUAACAAAGACAUACUCGCUCAGUCAUUAUAUACUAGGUUAUUUGCAUGGUUAAUAGCAAGAUUCAAUCAAAGUGUCAAAGCAGAAGCAAAGUAUAAGCGAAGAAAUUUAGGCAUUUUAGAUGCUUUUGGAUUUGAUUAUUCUGAUAAUCAACUAGAUUGGGAUAAUUUUGUAUUGAAUUCCUGUAAUGAUAAAAUCCAUAAUUUGUUAAUAACUACCACAUUGAAAGAUGAGCAACAUGAAUAUGCAAUGGAAAGAUUACAGUGGUGUCUUAUUCCAUUUUAUGAUAAUACCUCAGUUUGUGAAUUAAUAUUUAAGACUCGCGGAGGAUUAUUAAGUAUAAUGGAUGAUUUAAUAUUAGAUAGUAAUACUAUGAUGGUUUUUAAAAGAAUUUGUGCCCUACAACGACAGUAUAGUUCAUCAUCUUCUGAAGAACGAAUUAGUACUGCAGUUGAACAAAUAACAUUAAAUGACACUUUCAUGUUAAAUCAUUUUAUGGGCCCUGUUAAGUAUAAUAUUAAUACUUUUGUGGAGAAAAAUAAAAAUAGUUUAAACCCAGUGCUAUGUUCUACAAUGUAUAAUAGUACUCAUCCAUUAUUGAAAUCAUUGUUUCCCGAAGGAAACCCUGGUAGAAUAUCAUCAUGUACAGUCUCUAAUCCUGCCAGUCAAUUACGUGUUUGGGCUGAAGCAUUUUCUGCAACGUUAUCUGGCCGUCAUUGUCAUUAUAUAACAUGCAUAUCACCUAAUCGCCACUGUCAAGCAAAUUUAUUUGAUGCUUCUUUUGUACAACAGCAAGUUAGAUGGUUUAGUCUUGUUGAGAUUGUACGGCUGCGUAGAUCAGGUUUUUGUUAUCGACUUACAUUUGAAGAAUUCCUCAAUCGGUACAAAAUGCUUAGUCCAGCAACAUGGCCUAGACCUCGAUAUGGAAAUACAGCCCGUUCUAUACGGGCAUUAGUUGUGUGUUUACCUAUACCCAGUGGAGAAUUUAUGUAUGGUGUAACUAAAGUGUUUGUUCGUUCACCAAGAUCUGUAUGGGAGUUAGAACAGUUAAGGGCAGAACGACUUAAUCAACUUGCAGCUUUGGUGCAAGAAGCAUGGCAUAGACAUAAACGACAAAAUCAUCCUUAUAGUUUGUCAAAUAAACCUAAACACUUAAGGAUAAAUGAUACACUUUCAGCUGCUAAAUGCAUUACUAGAACAGUAUUAACUUGGCAGAAACGUCAAUAUUUGUUAAAAUUAUCAAGAAGUUUAAGUCCAGCUACAGAGUCACCUAUUAGCAGAGCUUGGGUAACAUUGUCUCAUGCACGAUUUGCGCACACACAUUAUUUGUUAGAGACUUUAUAUCACAAAUGGAGAUGUCACAAAUAUCGAAACAAAUUUGACCAAACCUCAAGAAAUCGUAUGCGUGAAAAAGUUACUGCUAGCUUUAUAUUUAAAAAUCGUAAAGCAAGUUAUAGUCAGAGUGUGGCACAUCCAUUUAUUGGUGAUUAUGUUAAUUUGAGACAACAUACCCAAUGGAAGAAAACUGCUAUGCAGUGUGAAGAUCAUCAUGUUGUGUUUGCUGAUAUAGUUAACAAAAUUACAAGAAGUAAUGGAAAGUUUGUGCCAACACUCCUUGUGAUAUCAACAAAGUCCAUGUUAAUAUUAGACCAAAGAACAUUACAAGUAAAGUACAGAGUACCAGCUGCAGAUAUAUAUAGAUUAUCAUUGUCCCCGUUUUUAGACAAUGUUGCAGUUUUUCAUAUAAAAUCAGCGUAUGUGAGGUGUGUUGAAGAAGAAGAUGAUGAUUAUGGUGGAGAGUGGUCCCCAUCUCCAAGCGGUUGUUUGUUUCACCAAGGACCUGUUGUUGGUCCUUCUGAUAGUACUUAUAAAAAGAAAGGAGAUUUUGUUCUUCAAACCAACCAUGUCAUAGAAAUUGUCACUAAACUAUUUUUAGUUAUUCAAAACGUAUCUGGUAGUCCACCUGAUGUAAACAUAUCUACCAGAUUUGACGCAAGUUUUGGUGAUCAGACAGUAACAAUAGCGUUCAAAUAUUUAGGAUUACCAGAUAUAGCACCAGGUCAAAUAAAAAUUGUGCGUAAAACCAAUAAGAUGGAAAUAUUUGUAUAAAAUAAAUAGUCAAUAAUUCAUCUAUGUGCCUUAAAAUACUAAUAUUGGAGGCUAUCACUGCCAUUUUUUAGUUAAUAAUUAUGAAUUAUGUUGUAGCAUCAGUUAUGUUGAAAAUGUUGGGUGUAAUAAUAUUAUAUAUUAUUAAUCACGUUUUUGUUUAUUAUGAAGUAUUGCACUCUGUUGGAAAUGAUUUAUUAUUUGUUAUUUUA